ACAGGAUCAUAUCGGAAAAAGAACCAGCCACGGGCGAUCGGCGGGCAUGAUCAUGCAUGAGAAAGCGCAACACCCUUAUUUUUUUUUAUUUUAUUUUUUUUUUUUAUCACGCAUGCAUGCAUACAGGCCAACCUGUCAACGCCCAUGGAAAAAUAUCGCAACGCAACGUGGUUAUCGUCCCCCCGUUCAAGGUGCAGGAGAGCAAUGCGAUACCUCAUAGCAAUGCAGAAAGGUAAGAUACGGCGAUGACUACGAACGGGUAUGACUUCACAGGAUCAACGCCGAUGAAAUCAUCGAUUGCAACCCAUGUGUGAGGCGAAUGCGACGGGAGGUCUGAAGCUAUACUCUAAUCUAUUCUCAGAUAGUUCAAGCUGAUUAUAGCUCCUAGUUCUAUACACCAAACGGGACUACUGAUAGGUGGUGGGAACCGAGAAGCUACUCAAUGGCAAGGCCCGAAUAAUAAUCCAUGAUCCCAUCACAAUAAUACUACUAGGAGAGAAGCAGCCAAAUGGAGAGGGCAAUUGACUAGUUGGCGGAGACUCUCACGGUGAACGACCACUCACAGGAAAUGACGCUCGUAAAUGGAGACCUUUGGCUCCCCACGAGACAAGGACGGGACGAAACUCAAUCAGCGUCAAGAGGAUGCGGAUUGGAGCGAGGCUAAUGAAGGUGGAGUGGAGAGUCUCUCGACGCCCAGUCGUCAUCCGCGCUCAGUCUUUGGUGGGAAGCAAAGAC